CAAACCUGAGCAAGGAAGGGAGUGUGUGAGUCAUAUUUGCUGCCCUUCUACACUUCUGUCCCGUAAAUUUACAAUUUUGGGCAAACAGUUCGUUAAAAUUAAUUAAAACCAUAUUUAAUUACUGCCAUUUACAGCAAGUGAGACAUUCGAACAGAUUGAAAUCCACUAAGACGCCAUUUUCGAGGAGUUAUUGGAUGAAACCUGUUAAACAAAUGGAGAACUGUUGAACAUUUUUGAAGAAAAUCAACGGAAUUAUCCUGAAGGAGUUUGUGAGGAUGCUGUCGGACGAGGAGAAACCUCCUGCCCCUCCUUUGAGGCUGACCUCGAACCGAGGAGACUUCCAGGUCAGCCUCCCUGUAGACAUGAGACCUCUACCUAAAGAACCUGAAGAAUCCAAGUCCAAGCACCAUAAGCACAAGUCCAAGAAGUCCAAGGACCAUGAGAAACCGAAUAUAUCCUACCCGACCAAGUUUACCCAUGUUGUUCACGUCGGAUUUGACGAUGAAUCUGGAGAAUUUACUGGAAUGCCUGACGCCUGGUCCCGACUCCUCGCAAACUCAAAUAUCUCCAUUGAGAUGCAGAAAAAGAAUCCUCAGGCGGUUCUAGAUGUACUUAAUUAUUUUGAGUUUAGUUCUAAGCAUAAAACAGAUGAAAAGUUUAUGACUCACACUUCUAGUGCUGACCCCUCCCCCCGCCCUAGUUAUAGUGUAUCCUCUCAAGCCCUGUCCUCUCCUUCUAGCCAGGGGGCGGGGGCACCCUCGCCUUCCCCUCCCUCUUCCACCACUGUAUCCGCAAACAUUCCCUCCCCCCUCCAGCCCGAGGCUCCCCCUGUCACCCGGAAGAGUGGAUCUAGCUCCACUCCCUCUGUAUUCUCCAACACUCCAGACCAGGAGGAGGAGCAGGAGGAACAUGAACCCGCCCCGCCCCCUAUUGCCUCCAGACCGGAGAAAACCAAGUCUAUUUAUACUAAACCUAUAGAUGAAGAUGAUGAUGAACCUAACAGUUUAAAGGUUCCCUCCACCAUAAACGAGAACGAAGUGACGGACAACAAGAGCAAUAACAACAACAAUGUUGUCUCUAAGUCAGGAAAUGAGCGACAAAAGAAAAAGAAAAUGACGGAUGAAGAAAUCCUGGCAAAGCUCCGAUCUAUUGUAUCAAUAGGAGAUCCAAACCGGAAGUACACCAAGAUGGAGAAGAUCGGACAGGGAGCUUCCGGUACAGUUUAUACAGCUAUAGAGACAGCUACAGGUAUGGAGGUUGCUAUAAAACAAAUGAACCUGCAACAGCAACCCAAGAAGGAACUUAUUAUUAAUGAAAUAAUAGUGAUGAAAUCAAACAAGCAUCCCAAUGUUGUGAACUUCCUGGACGCAUAUCUAGUCCAUGAAGAGCUCUGGGUUACAAUGGAGUACCUACCCGGUGGAAGUCUAACAGAUGUUGUGACUGAAACCUGUAUGGAUGAAGGACAAAUUGCCGCCGUUUGUAGAGAGGUUCUGCAGGCUUUGGACUUCUUGCACAAGGGGAACGUUAUCCACAGGGACAUAAAGUCGGAUAACAUCCUGCUUGGAAUGGACGGGGACGUAAAGUUGACAGAUUUCGGGUUCUGCGCCCAAAUUUCCUCUGAGCAGAACAAGCGAACCACAAUGGUCGGAACUCCCUACUGGAUGGCCCCCGAGGUUGUGACACGCAAACAUUACGGUCCCAAGGUUGAUGUUUGGUCCCUGGGAAUCAUGGCUAUUGAAAUGAUUGAAGGUGAACCACCGUAUCUCAAUGAAAACCCACUCCGAGCUCUGUAUCUCAUCGCAACCAACGGAAAGCCUGAGAUCAAGGAUCGGGAUAAGCUGUCUCCAAUCUUCCAGGAUUUCCUGGACAAGUGCCUGGAGGUCGAGGUUGAGAAGAGGCCAACCGCGCAUGAAAUGUUGCGACAUCCAUUCCUCAAGCUGUCGAGGCCACUCAUAUCUCUUAAUCCUCUAAUUUUAGCCGCUAAGGAUGCGGCUAAAUCUCAUUAAUUUUUCAUCCAGUUUCUUAAUCGUUAUCUUCCUUUAUAUAUUUCCCCUUCAAGAUGUUUUUGUUACACUUAAUAUUCCCAAGGGGAAUUAUUUUUUGAGAUUUUCCCCAUUUUCGACUUUUCGGGUAAAUAAUAUAUAUACAUACUUUAAUUUAUUCAAUUUUCUUAAGAAAGAAAAACAUCUUAAGGGUUGGGGAGAAUACACCCCUGAAAUAAUGAGAAUCCCUAUUCUCCGUAGCUGUAAACAAGUUUAUUAAACUAAUUGAGCAAUAUCUUACUCAAACUGUUUUCUUUGCAAAGGAGGAAGAUUUAUUGAGUAAUUUUUAAUUCGACUCACGCCAUAUUAUAUUAUUGUAAAAUUUCUCUCUUUUGUGCGCCCCCCCCCCUCACACACCUCCAUGACUAUGUAAGGAGGGUUAAAUUUAUAAAAAAUAUCGGAAAAGUCUAUUGUUAUUUUCUUUACAUAUCUAAUAAGUCAAUCCAUAGAUUUCUAGUUUUAAAAUAUGUUUCAACAAUCAUACUCUCUUAAAUAUUUAAAUGAAUUUCCAGGGGUGUUUAAUGUUCCAUAUCGAAAGGUUUGGGGAAGGAAAAAUCAAAAUAAAUGGAACAUUUUGCAUCCUAAAACUUUAAGAGUCUCAUCGUACCAGCUUUUGUCUUUUUUAGAGAAAGUUUUAACUAAUAAUUAUUUGCAAACUAGUUGCGUUUCGUGUAUUUGCUGAUAUAUGUAUCAAAGAUAAUCAAUCGAUUACAAACUGAGCUGAAAACUUUUGAAUUGCCGGAAUGAGUUUAACUCUAGGGAAGAUUUAACGAUAUCUCAUAGAACCGCGAGGAGUUAAACUCAUUCUGUUAAUUUAAAAGUUAUCAUUUGGUUGCGAACUAAUAAUUUUCAGGAGUUGCCUUGGAGGUUUAUAAUGUCUCCUCUCAUAAUAAAUUAUUGAGACCCAUGCUGGCAUAAAUUUCAGAUUUUCUCUUGUGUUGUCAACAUAAUUUAUAGUAAAAAAGAUUCGCGUGGUAACCUUUAAAAAGUAUAUUUAUAAAUCUAAUAUGGAUUUAA